AAACAAAGAAAGUGUUUCAGAUGCUUUAAUUGAAAAGUCAGGUGUAAAGAACAAGGCAGCUGAAACCAUAGAGUCUGGUACUAAGGACCCUAUAGCUAACAGUACUCCAGUCAAUGAAAAUGAAAAGAUAGCAUCAAAAACUACAGAUGUUACAGACAAAGCAGAUGUUCCCAGCAAUGAGAAAGCCAAAGCAAUUGAUGAAACAACAAAAGCCACUGAAAGUAAAGAGAUUUCAAGCAAAGAUGGUGGCUGUAAAAACCUCAAGAUCAAGACAAAGGAUACCACAGACACUCAAGAGAAGCCAGUUGCCGAACCUCCCAGUAAGGCAACAGAUGAAAAAGUUGGUAAUAAAGCCAAACAAAGAGGAUCCUACACUUGCCAAAGAAAAAGUGGAUAAUAGCACUGAUGCCAAAAAAUCAUCAUUAGAAUCUAAGGAGAAAACUGACAUAAAGGUCAAAGAAACUGAAAGUGUUUCGUCACAGGCCACAGACAAGAAACCAAAGGUGGAUGAUAUCAGUGAUAAAGAAAAAGAAGCCAUUGUCAUGACUAAGCCAGAUGACAACAAGGAUAUUAAGGUGGCGGCUGAGAAAACUGACGAUGCCAAGAUUGUUGAGAAUAAGGAAGUUAAGGAAAAAGUAAAUGCCAGUGAAAAAGUGAAUAAACUAAGGCUAAAGGCUCGGUUAAAGUUGAAUAAAAGUAAGGACACUGACAUGAAGAUGGAGGAAACUAAAGAUGCCAAUGGAAAGACCAAUGAACCUAGUGAUAUCAAGGCAAAGAUAGGUGAACCUACUAACAAUGCAAAGGUAAAGGAAGAUGUAACUAAGGAUCAGACGGUAGAGAUAGACAAAACAAGGGAUAUCAAGGAUAAGGUAGAUGAAACUAAAGAUACUAAGAUAAAGGAUUUGAAAGAGGAAAUAGACAGACAAAAAGAUGGAGCCAAAGAUAAGGUGAAGACAGAUAAAAUAGAGGAUGAUAAGAUAAAAGAUAAAGUAGAAGAUGCUAAUGUAAAGAUAGAUAAGAGAGAAGAUGCCAAGGUAAAAACAGAUAAAAUGGUGGAUGCUAAGGUAAAGACAGAUAAGGUACAGGAGGCUAAAGUAAAAACAGAAAAGGUGGAUGAUGUUGCAGUAAAAGCAGAUAAGGUAAAAGAUGCCAAAAUAAAGGCAGAUAAAGUAGAAGAUGCCAAAAUAAAGAUGGAUAAGAUAGAAGAUACCAAAGCAGAGAAGGAUAAGGUAGCAGAUGCCAAAGUAAAGAUGGAUAAGAUAGAAGAUACCAAAGCAGAGAAGGAUAAGGUAGCAGAUGCCAAAGUAAAGAUGGAUAAGAUAGAAGAUGCCAAAGCAGAGAAGGAUAAGGUAGCAGAUGCCAAAGUAAAGAUGGAUAAGAUAGAAGAUGCCAGAGCAGAGAUGGAUAAUGUAGCAGAUGCCAAAGUAAAGAUGGAUAAAAUAGAAGAUGCUAAAGCAGAGAAGGAUAAGGUAGCAGAUGCCAAAGUAAAGAUGGAUAAGAUAGAAGAUGCUAAAGCAGAGAAGGAUAAGGUAGCAGAUGCCAAAGUAAAGAUGGAUAAGAUAGAAGAUGCCAAAGCAGAGAAGGAUAGGGUAGCAGAUGUCAAAAUAAAGACGGAUAAGAUAGAAGAUGUCAAAGCAGAAAAGGAUAAGGUAGAUGCCAAAGCAGAGAAGGAUAAGAUAGAAGAUGUCAAAGUAAUGGCAGAUAAGAUGGAAGAAGUCAAAGUAAAAACAGACAAAGUAGAGGAUGCUGAAUUAAAGACAGAUGAAAGUAUGGCUACCGAAGGAAAGUCAGGUGAAGUCCAAGGUAUCAUGGUAAAGUCAGAUGUAAUCACUGAUGCUGGAACAAGUAUAACAGAAAAGAAGAAAGUACGAAUCAGGACUCCAAGUAUGGAUUCCCAAAAAGGACUUGGCAUUGGAAAGGUUGAGGAUAUAAUUGCAGCUGGCACCAAGGAUUCCAACAAGUCACUUGAAGUCACAAAUAUAUUGCCCAAGGUGGAUGAAGCUUCUGGUACUCCUGUCAAGUCAGAGGAAGUAAAAGAUGUAGAAACAAAAUCAGAUAUCAGAUCAGCAGAAAAUGUUCCUGAGACACCUAAAACACCUGAAGAAACUGGCUGCAGGCCUAAAGUUUUUAAAUUACCUGAAUCAACAAAAGAAGAAAAUCCAGGAAUAGAUGUGAACCAGGCUAUUAUGCAGAAAAUCACGAGGAAGAAUCACGAGGAAAACAGGCACGAAGAAAAGAAGGGUAAAAGAAGUGUGGCUCUCAAGGGAGCAGUUAUGGGAGCUGUCAAUAAAACUAAAUUGGCCUUUGGCAUAGGAACCAAAGCUGCAGGAGAAUCUGUUCCAGUACAGCCUAGUAUACCACAGCCAAGUGCUGUACCAAAGCCUGAUGAAAAUACGGAUGAUAAGAUAAGUAACAAAAUAUUAGAAAAACCUGUUCCUGAAUUGGAAUCAGAGGUGGAAGCUUUGAUAAGAGAAGCAUCAGCUCUCCUAGGGCCUGACAGUAUUUCUCCACAACCUUCUACCUCGACUGCAUCAGCGCCAUCCAGUCCCUUGAAGGAUAUUGAAAGACCUAUAUCCUUGAGUGAAAAACUAGAGUUACAUAUAGAGAAGAACCAUACAACUUGCAUAGGAGAGGAAGGCGAGGAAGAAAUAUAUGUUGAUGCCAUUGACCCGUCCCAACUUCAUUCUUUACCCUCUAAUGCAGUAGAUCCUACCCAGUUCGAUAUCUUGAUGCCUCUCCCAGAUGUUCAGGCAGAGAGAGAGCGACGCUCUCGUUCUCGCACUCCCAUGGAUCGCUCUGAGAGAUCCUGCACACCAUCAUCUGUAGUAGCACAGACUGAAGCUCUACUCUCCGAGACAGACCGACUCCUCAAAAGGUCUCGAUCCAACAAGUCCCUCAGAAGGUCUUAUAGCCGUUCAAUGUCAGCAGCAGCACUGCAUAAACUGUCAGAGGUAGCAGCAGACCUCUCAGAAGAGCAUACCACAGCACACCUAGCAGGAGAGAGGUUGGAAGCUGAACAGGCAGAAAGAAUGAAGCUAGAAAAGGAAUUAGACAGGCUGCAGACGGACGUUAGGCGCAUGACAACAGAGAAUGGUAAGCUCGAGAUGGAGAAACUAGCACUCCGCACAGAAGUCCUCUCAGCAGCGGAUCUCAAUGGAGAUGCAGAUGAUGACGAUUACGGCGAAGAGGCCUCACUCUACAAGCGAAAGUAUGAGUGGUGCCUUCGAGAGAUUGAGGUCCUGAAGAAACAAUUGAAGCAGCAACAGGAGGAUGAUUAUGAUCAGCUUGUCCUAAUGAAGAAACAGCUGGAGAAAAAGGUGGCAGAUGCAUAUGAGGAAACAGACGAACAACGACAAGUGGUGGCACAGAUGAAGCGGAAGUGCCAACGACUCCAAGCAGAAAUGAAUGACCUGAAAAUACUGCUGGAGGAACAGACUUCGCGUAAUAAUCUCCUGGAAAAGAAGCAGAGAAAGUUUGACCAAGAGAUGAUGGCAGUUCAAGAGGAGCUGCGAGGGGAAAGAUCCAACAAGGAGAAGAUCCAGAGGGAAAGAGACCAGAUCCUCUCCCAGAAGUAUUCGUUCGAGCAAGAAGUAUCGACCCUGAAGCUGGAGUUGGAGCUGAAGGAAGAGAAAGUUGCAUCCCUCAACAGGGAGAUUGAGGACCUGAACUUCACAGGGAAGACUGAGGAGGAGAUUGCAACAUUGAAGAAGGCCAAGCAUGACCUGGAGAUGCGCAUCAAAGAUCAGGAGGAGGAGCUAGAUGACUUAGCAGGGCAGGUGCAAAUGCUAGAGGGCGCAAAGGUGCGAUUAGAAAUGAGCAUAGAGCAAAUGAGGAAGGAGAAUCGCCGCGAGAUGGCCCAGAGAGAAGAGGAACUGGAGGAAGUCAGAAUAGCUGCUCAAAAGAAAGUAAAAGCAUUGGAAGCACAGCUGGAGAAUGAGCAUGAAGAGAGAACAUUGUUGGUGCGUGAGAAACAUGAACUGGAAAGGCGUAUAGCUGACUUACAAGAUCGCACCAUCACCCAUGUUGAUGAAGACUAUGUGCACAAGCUUAAGAAGGAACUGAAGAAGACUAAGGUCUUGUUACGUGAUACACAGACUAUGCUCGAGAAGGCACAGUCUGAGGGCAGUCAUAAGGUUCUCGUUAGACAACUGAAAACACAGUUGGAAGAUGCAGAAUUUGCCAAGACUGCAGCCAUCAAGGCUCGCCAGUCAGCUGAAUCGGAUCUCUCCGAAAUCAACUCCCAACUGGAAGAGGCCCUGAGAUAUAAGAAUGAAUCAGAGGAUAAGUGUGCCAGAAUGUGCAAAGAGAAGGCUGAGUUGCAAACACAGCUGGAAGAGAGUGAAGAAGAGGUGGCUGAGGUAAUGAAGAAGUAUAAGGCUGUUGUAUCUCAGCUGUCUGUAGACCAAAUCACCCUCUCAGAACAGUCACAACAAAUUGCAGAACUAGAACACAGUAAACAGGUUCUUCAGGAGAGAAUGCUGGAAUUGACCAGCAAAGUAGAGGUGCUAGAAGGAGAGACAGCAAACAUUCACACUCAGCGCCGCCUCGAGAUGAAGAUCAAGGAGGUUGAGUCUAAACUUGAACUUGAGCAGACAACCAGGCAGAGAUUAGAGAGUCAAAUAGGCCGGUUGAAGGACCAGAUUGAACGUCUGACGAGUGAGUGUGAUUCAGCGCGGCUCAAGGAGAGUCAAGCCCAGGACCAGAGCAAGAGACUUGGAAGGCAGUUGCGUGAGGCCAAGGAGGAUCUUUCAACUUUGCAGCAGAGACACACUGAUGCUGUCAACAAGAAGAAUGAGUUGGAGAAGCAGUUAGAACUUUCAGACUCAGAAGUCAUUACCCUUAAGAGUGACCUGAAGUUGGCAUUCAAGAGGAUUGAGGACCUCCAACAGGCCAUCCAGGGUGACAUUUCUGACUCCGACUCCGACCUAUCCGACAGUGACAGCGACAGCGACGGCAGCUUGAGUUCUUAUCUGACUGCGUCCUUGAGGCACCAGAGGUCCUCCUCCAAUUCUACGCUUCGCACUCCUCCAUCAGAAGUGCAGCAGCUUGACAGACUGGAGCUCCCAAAUUCACCAUGUAGUGAAGCAAUGUCAGCCAUCAGUGAAGACCUUGAGGAAGCCUCGAAUAAGGAGUCCUUCGCGUGAUAGCUUGUACUUAGACCAUAAUAUAUAAUAAAGAUUUUUAUAAAGUGCAGAGAGUAAAUGGAGUAAAAUUAAUGCUGUAAUACUGCUUCAUUGUGAGGAAUUGUGACUGUUUGUGAUGAUCCAGUAAAUGCUUGGUGAUGAUAUAAACUGGAGACUUGACCGAGCUUUAAAUAGGUUUUUGUGUAUAUAUGUACAGAAAAUAAACAUGCUUGGUGAGAAAGUCUUCUCCAUCUCUAUCUCUUUAUCUCUCUCUGAAUGGUGCUUAUCAUGUGAAACAUAGUCUUUAAAGUGAGUCAUGUUAGAAGUUCUGUCUCUUCAUCUUUAACCACUUUUAACAGUGACAUUCCCGAUGUGUUCUGUUGACUUUCCAAUGUGCCACUUUAAAAAAGCCUUCUAAAUUAUUUACACUAGAUGGUUUACAGGAUAGGAAUUGAUAUCUUAUGUUCUUGAGAGUAUAUGUAUGCAUAGAUUACAUAUGCUUUGUGGCAUAUCCCCUUCACACUGUUGUAUUUUAUUAUUCUGAUUUUUGGUCCACAUUUUUUAUAUAAAUACUGUAAAGAAUUUAAUAUAAGAUGAGAAACAUCCUGUCCUGAAUCAUCUUUCCAAGAAAUUCUCUUGUUUAUCAUGUGGUACAGUUCUGCAGUUCCCCUUUCUUCUUUCCGUUUGUCUUUUUUUUUCUUUUUCAAUGUCACCUUAUCCUUGGAUCCAUUUCAUUGUGAUGUUAGGAACGUAAGGAAUUGUUUGAGGCUUAUAUUACUUCUUUUUUUCAAUUAAAAUAUUAAAACUUAUGUUCAUGAUAAAAAAAGUGACCAACAGCAAAAGGGGAUGCUUUGUAUAUGAUGUUUAUAUGCCAUCAUAGAAGAUGCACAUCUCUUGUUGGGUAUAUUGUAGGUGACUAGCUUGUGAAUUAUCCCCAGAGAAUAUCAAAUAACAAUAUUAUAAAUUCUAUUUAGGAGAUACUUAACCAGUCCUUCCAAGGAGAAAGGUGCAAAUUGUCAUCAAUAAACUGGCAGUAGCAAUUAUAAGAACUUAUAGGCUUCCAAUAGCACGAACUUACUUAUUGUUGUGACUACCUCCUAUGUAGAGGCUGAGAUCCAUGCCCAUUGGCAUGUACUCAGACCUCAGUCUUGAUCGUCUUUCGUUUCUCAGUGGCAGUCUUCUUCUACAUGGAAAUGCUCAUUCGAAAAAUUGAAGGUUCUUGUGGAGAAUUUUUUGCAUCUGGUUCAAUUUGAACCGAUCUGGCCUUGCAGCAAGACCAUCUCACACCCCAAGCCACUGGGGACGCCCCACUGCCCGCUUCCCAGCUCUUCCGUGUCAGAAGAGUGGAGACAGCCCAGCACUUUUGCUUCCUGCUCAUUACAAGGACUGACCAGAGAUGUUGAACUUCAAAUUUCAAGAAUUGUUACUGGAAUUUUUGUAGGCCUUUUUUUCUUUUACUAAACCAUUUAGUAUCACCAUCUCCGGAGUGGUUGAAGGAACUGUAUUGUAUCAUAACUCUUAUAUCAUCUUAUUAUUUAUUAUUUAUAUAAUUCUGCUGUGUAGAUUCUGUAGCUCCCUCCACCCUCUAUUGAAGCUCAUCCAAGACAUUCAUUACUGAAGCAUAAUCUUAUAAAUCCUACAUUGAUUUGUAAUGAUUUGUACUGAAUUUACAUUAUCUGUACAGUUUAAAAUAAGACUAACAGCAGUA